AUGUCGAAGGCUAUGAGAAGCAUCAAAAAUGUCACCAAGGGGUAUUCUGGUGUCCAAAUCAAAGUGCGCGAGGCGACGAGCAAUGACCCAUGGGGCCCAACGGGCACUCAGAUGAGCGAGAUCGCCCAGCUCACCUAUAACUCGUCAACCGAAUUCUACGAGAUUAUGGACAUGCUGGACAAGAGGUUGAACGACAAAGGCAAGAACUGGAGGCAUGUCCUAAAAGCGCUCAAGGUCCUCGACUACUGCCUCCACGAGGGCUCCGAGCUAGUUGUCACAUGGGCAAAGCAAAAUGUCUACAUCAUCAAGACCCUUCGCGAGUUCAUGUACACCGACGAGGAGGGCAGAGAUGUCGGUCAAAACAUUCGGGUGGCUGCAAAGGAGUUGACGUCCUUGCUACUGGAUGAGGAGCGCCUGCGAGCUGAGCGCAGCGAUCGCAGGACGUGGAAGUCCCGCGUUACUGGACUCGAAGAAUAUGGCCCGCAGCAGCCGCACGAUACACCGCGCCGCCGUGAACGGCGCCCAAUGAAUGAAGAAGAGGAUGCCGAGUACAAGCUAGCUCUAGAGGCGAGCAGAUACCAGGAGGAAGAGGAUAGGAGGAAACGUGAGGGCCGGCCAGGACAAGAGACAGAAGACGAUGACCUUGCGAAGGCUAUCAAAUUGAGCAAGGAAGAGGAAGAGGCCCGCCGACGAGCUUUAGAAGAGCAGAACGCCCAAUCGCUGUUUGACGACACCCCCGUGCAGACUCAACCUCAGCCAACCGGAUGGAAUCAGGGGUACCAGCAGGGAAGCGGCGUCGACUUUUUUGGGAACCCGAUUGAUCAGAGCCAGAUGCAGCCUCAGCCCACGGGCUUCAUGCCGAAUGCGUACACUGGCUUCCAGACACAGCCCACUGGCUACCAGAAUGGCUUUUCGAACGGCUUUGGCCAGCCUCAACAGACUGGGUUCGAUGCCUUUGGUCAACAGCAGCAGCCGUUCCAGCCGCAACCUACAGGUUACAACCCGUAUGGGCAGCAGCAGCUCCAGCCGCAGCAGACGGAAUCGCCCAUGCAGGCAGGAAGCAACAACCCUUGGGCCACCAACCAGAAUUCGGGCCUAUCUACGAUGGCGCCGAUGAAGACAGGCUCCAACAACCCAUUUGCUCAACAGUCAGCUUCACCGUUCAACAGGCCCGGGCCGUCCAAGAUGCCAUCGAUGUCAGUCUUGAACGCGCUGCCAGAGCAAAAGACACUGUCCGCGUUCAACCAGCCCCCGCCCCAGGCCACUUCUUUCACCCCUCCGCCAAAGAUGCCCCAGGCACCGUCGAAACCGAUCAGUGAGCACGAGGCGAAGCUCAACGCGCUUCUUUCCAGCGGCGAGGGUCAAGACACAUUCGGCAACACUGGUGAGACUCGAAUACCGGCACAGCACACAGCUCCAGGAACGUUCGUCAACAGUGCGGGAGCCGGUGCCAACAGGCUGACAGCCGAGGCAACCGGCAACAACCCGUUCCUCCGGCAGCAGUUCACGGGCAUGCCGACCGUGUCAUAUGGGGCCACGGGCCCUGGUGGCAUGAACGGCGGGUUUGGCGGACAGGGCGCGAGCAACCCAUUUGGGGCGAGGCCGCAGCAGCAGGCGAGCAACCAGGGAGAUCUAAUCCAAUUCUAA